AGAGAAAAUCAAAAAUUACAAAAGGAGUGAAGCAAAUUCACCAGCUACGGGCAUGUGCGUGUGCGAAUGAAUCUUGCUAUCAAACCCUAAAUUCAACCAAAUCGCCAUGAAGGUGUUUGCACGAGCUUCUCCAUAUGCUUACAGAUCCUAUCUCCUCGUCAUAGUCCUCUCCGUUUAUAUCUUCUGGCUCCGUCCCAGCACUCACCGUCCCCACCACCAAAAUCUCAAUCCGCAGAACGUGACUCGCUCGGAGUCUGAGACUGCGACGGAGACGAACUACAUAAUCCGAUUUAAGCAGUACAAACCGGCGAGAAACCAUCGAAUUUACCUCGAAGCGAAGGUCCGAUCCGGUGGUUGGGGUUGGAUCGAGAGGAUUAACCCGGCGUCGAAGUAUCCGACUGACUUUGGUGUUCUAUGGAUCCGAGAAAGCGGGAAAGAGGACGUGGUUGGAGAGAUUGAGAGGCUGGAGAUGGUCAAAGACGUGAACGUUGAGUUUAAGUAUCAGAGAGUUUUGCUUGGAGAGUCUUUUCUCGACGGGAAUAAACGUCCGGGGAAGAUCUUUACUCCGAUGUCUUUCGAAGAAGGAACUGGUUCCUCUGCAAUGGCGGCUACAAGUAACACCACAUUGAACUGGAGUAGACAUCUUCUCAGUCAGAAGACUCAAGUUACGUCCUUGUUUGGAGCUGAUGUUCUCUGGAAGAAAGGGUACACUGGUGCUAAAGUCAAGAUGGCCAUAUUUGACACUGGAAUAAGAUCUGACCAUCCUCAUUUCCGCAAUAUCAAGGAGCGUACAAAUUGGACAAAUGAGGACACUUUGAAUGACAACCUGGGGCAUGGGACCUUUGUUGCUGGUGUUAUUGCUGGUCAAAAUCCAGAAUGUCUUGGUUUUGCCUCAGACACGGAAAUCUAUGCUUUCCGAGUGUUCACAGAUUCUCAGGUAUCAUACACCUCAUGGUUUCUUGAUGCUUUCAAUUAUGCUAUAGCAACAAAUAUGGAUGUAUUAAAUUUGAGCAUUGGGGGACCGGAUUACUUGGAUCUGCCUUUUGUAGAGAAGGUAUGGGAAAUAACUGCCAGCAAUAUCAUUAUGGUGUCUGCAAUAGGAAAUGAUGGGCCACUUUACGGAACGUUAAAUAAUCCAGCUGACCAGAGUGAUGUCAUAGGUGUCGGUGGUAUUGACUAUGAUGAUCACAUAGCUUCAUUUUCAUCUCGUGGCAUGAGCACCUGGGAAAUUCCUCAUGGGUAUGGCCGUAUCAAACCAGAUGUGGUUGCAUAUGGCCGUGACAUUAUGGGGUCAAAGAUCAGUACUGGUUGUAAAAGCUUGUCUGGAACAAGUGUGGCUAGUCCUGUUGUUGCUGGUAUUGUUUGUCUGCUUGUAAGUGUUAUUCCUGAAGCUAGAAGGAAGGAUCUGCUCAAUCCAGCAAGCAUGAAGCAGGCGUUGGUCGAAGGUGCUGCUAAGCUUUUAGGUCCUAAUAUGUAUGAGCAGGGUGCAGGAAGAGUUGAUCUGUUAGAAUCAUAUGAAAUUCUAAAGAGCUACCAUCCCCGGGCAAGCAUUUUCCCGAGCAUUCUUGAUUAUAAUGAUUGCCCAUAUUCCUGGCCCUUUUGUCGUCAACCACUAUAUGCGGGUGCCAUGCCUGUGAUUUUCAACACUACAAUUCUAAAUGGUAUGGGUGUCAUAGGCUAUAUUGAAAGUCCACCAACAUGGCAUCCUGCAAACGAGGAAGGAAAUCUGUUGAGCAUUCACUUUAAGUACCCAGAUAUCAUAUGGCCCUGGACUGGUUAUCUAGCUUUACACAUGCAGAUCAAGGAAGAAGGUGCACAGUUCGCAGGUGAAAUAGAGGGAAAUGUAACUUUGAAAAUCUAUAGCCCAGCAUCCCCUGGAGAAAGUGGGCCUAGAAGAAGUACGUGUUCUCUUCAGCUGAAACUGAAAGUGAUUCCCACUCCACCACGAGCCAAACGUAUUUUGUGGGAUCAAUUUCACAGCAUAAAAUAUCCUCCAGGUUAUAUUCCAAGGGACUCUUUGGAUGUCCGCAAUGACAUUCUUGACUGGCAUGGUGAUCACCUGCAUACAAACUUUCACAUCAUGUACAACAUGUUACGGGAUGCUGGGUACUAUAUAGAGACUCUUGGUUCACCCCUUACAUGUUUCGAUGCUCAGCAAUAUGGAACUCUUUUGAUGGUUGACCUCGAAGAUGAUUACUUUCCAGAAGAAAUUGAAAAGCUCAGAGAUGACGUUAUAAAUGCAGGACUGGGUCUGGUUGUGUUUGCUGAGUGGUAUAAUGUUGAUACUAUGGUGAAGAUGAGAUUCUUUGAUGAUAACACGCGCAGUUGGUGGACUCCAGUCACUGGAGGUGCAAAUAUCCCUGCACUUAAUAACCUUCUCGCAGCGUUUGGGAUUGCGUUUGGAGACAAAAUUCUCAAUGGGGAUUUCAGUAUUGAUGGUGAGCAGAGUCGAUAUGCUUCUGGAACAAAUAUAGUCAGGUUUCCUGCUGGUGGGUUUUUGCACACUUUUCCUUUACUGGACAGCUCUGAGAGUGGUUAUGGAGACUCAAAUUGCCUGGACAGUAGCCAUAUGGUCACCAACUGCUACUGGCUCCUGAAGAAAAUGCUAGAUUUUAGCAGUUCAAAUAUCAAAGACCCUGUACUUUUCUCAAAAUUUGUGAAGAGAUAUUCUCCCGUAACCGUAGACGAUAAACAACUGCCAUCCCGAAGAACUGAUGUAAAUUUUUCAACAUAUUCUUCUGUGAUCGGAAAGGAGCUAAUCUGUGAGAGUGACUCCAGAUAUGAAGUAUGGGGGACUAAAGGAUAUAAUUUACAUGUCAGAGGAAGGAACCGUAGAUUGCCAGGAUAUCGUGGCAUUGAUUUGGGUCGAGGCUUGAAUUCUACAGUGGAGAAUACAAGACCAACACGUUGGAGACCAGCCAAGGAAGGAGGUGAGCUUAAUUCUCACAGAAGCAAGUAUCUUGGAGGCCUAUUCAAUAAAGACGAGAUUGACGUGCCAUUUCUAGUAGCUACUCGGUGGAUCGUACCUGCUGGUGUUGCAGCUAGUGGAGUUCUAGUGCUACUAAGUAUAUGGAGAAUCCGGCAGAGGAGGCGUAGACGAAGAAGAGCAUCUGGGUCGAAUCGGUUAGCCUAGCAUGUAGCCUUUGUCUUGGUCCAGUCUAUUUUUUCUUGUGUUGAUUUAAACUGACCACCACAGAAUGUAGUCUCACCUUCAAUUCCAAAGCUGGCAAUUUUGUUUUAGGAAA